AUGGAAGAAAAAUUAAAAGGCGGAGAAUGUGUAAGUCGAUCGACACACAAUCUAUUAGCGUUAAAAUGGCGGGAUAAAAAAGAUGUAUGGAURCUAUCCACCUCACAUUCUGAUGAUUUCGUGGAAACGAAAAAAAAUAAUUAUCAAACUGGCGAACCAAAGCGAAAACCAAAGUGUGUAGCAGACUACAAUGCCUUGAUGGGCGCAGUUGAUAAAAUCGAUAUGACUUUGAGUUCGCUUCACUGCGUUCGCAAAAGCACAAGGUGGUAUAAAAAAUAUUUCUUCCAUCUCUUAGACCUCGCCAUAUAUAAUGCGUAUAUUCUCCAUAAAGAUACUAAUGAAAAAAUUGUAACAUUUGAAAAAUUCCACCUGCGACUUAUAAAAGAUAUUUUGAGAGAAUACCCACCAGAUAGAGUAGAGACUAAAGGAGGAAGAAGUCAUUCGGACGACCUCYMAUUCCGAUUAACAGAGAGGCAUUUCCUUAGUUCCUGCGUAACUAAUGAAAAUGGAAAACAUUCUUCACGACGCAGAUGCGUUGUUUGUACAAAAAAUAAUCGAAGAACUGACUCGCGUUACGAGUGCAAGAAAUGUAACGUUGGCUUGUGCAUUGAACCAUGUUUUGAGAGUUAUCACACAAUACAAAAUUAUUAA